UCUUCACCAAAGCGGAUCACAUAGAAAAUUAUCCUAACGGUUCAAGAGUGACUUUUUUUUUGUCUUCAUGAAAAGUCCGAUGCAUUGCAAUCGCUUUUUCUCCUCUUUACCACUCUCACCGUCCUGAAUAGAAAAACAACGGGUAUGUUUUUGAGCCCGUUUCGCUCGACCAUACGACGCGCCGAUGUCAGCCCCUUUUCGACAGGAACAAGGGUUGCGCUUGCUGGUAGACCCAAGAUCUACACAAAGACCGGAGACAAAGGAACUUCAUCUCUCUUCACAGGAGAACGCAGACCCAAGGAUGAUUUAGUCUUUGAUGCGCUCGGAACUAAUGACGAGCUGUCAUCGUCCAUUGGUCUGGCACGAGAGUUCUGUCUGGAUCAAGAUGGGAGCCUGCAGAGUAUGGUCUCUCAAUUGGAGCAAAUCCAGUGCCUUUUACAAGAUAUCGGGUCCAACAUUGCCACCCCUCGCGACUCCGCCACGGCACCGCGCCUAGUACGGACAGAGUUCGACUCAGAAGGUCAACAUGUUCAGGAUCUUGAAGCUUGGAUCGAUGCCAUGGAUCAGGAAUUACCUCCGCUUACAAGUUUUAUCUUGCCUUCUGGUGGAAAGGCUGCGGCUUCGUUGCAUGUCGCUCGAUCGGUCAGUCGCCGCACGGAGAGACGAGUUAUCCCAUUAGCACAGGAACAAAGAGUCGAUAAGAGCGUGGCUGUGUACCUGAACAGACUGAGUGACUACUUGUUUACGUGCGGUCGAUAUGCGGCCAUGAAGGCAGAUCGUCAGGAGGUUCUCUAUAAGAAACCCAGAACAUCACGAGUAAAGAAGACAUCCGCACCUACAGCAGAAGAAUAA